AUGGAGAGCGAAUCGCCGUUGGAAGUGCUGUCCAGGGCGGCCACGAUGCUGCACAGGGAGGAGACGGCGGCUGCGGCUGCUGCGGAGUCUUCUUUCGCCACCAAUCAUUCGAGGUCGCUGUCGCUGAGAUGUUCGGCGAUGGAGGGAACCGUUGGCACCGUCGGCAAAUGGAAGAGGGAGAGAAGACACAGGGCCGUCUGCACGUCACCCGUAUCGCCAACUCCGCCGCCUUUCAGAAACUCUCAAGAGCCGCUAGACAUGACGACGACAGCUGGUUCCAGGGCACUGCCCAAAGAACGGGCGUCGGUGAUCAUGGCUUCUCCGGCCACCGGACACAGGUCACAGUCGUCGUCGGCAGCCGCGGCGACAGGCGGCAUCAGCGACACAGGCAUCGACGAACAUUUCAGACGGUCAUUGGGCAAAGACUACAUGAACGUGUUCGCGCCGGCCGCCGCGCAACGACAACAGCAACAGGUCGCCGUCACGGCCGCCGCCACACCAUCGACCGACGGCGACGAUGACGACGACGACGACGACGACGCGGGAUUAUCAGCGGUCGACGAUCAUUUCGCCAAAGCUCUGGGCGACACCUGGGUAAAGCUGCAAAAAGAAGAAUACCAGAAAAAGAGAAAAGAGACGGCCGCCGCCGCUGCUGACGGCCGGCAAAAAGUGAACGUAUACGCGGCGUGA